GGGAAGGGGAAUGUGAUGCUUUGAAUUUGCACCUUAAACUCUUAAACCAGUGGCUGGAGCAACGGGAAAGGGCACGGAUUUCUGCUGUGUUGCUCUUCUGAAAGAUGGAAAAAGUACUGGACUGCUUUUUGCACAGAAAUAAUUAUUUGUGGUCUUCCAACUAGAUGGGGAAACCAAGGCACAGAAGUGAAGCAAAUCACACGGCAAGCUGCUAAGAGCCAGGCGCCGAACCCAGACUAUUUCUCGACCAGAUCCCGUUCCUGGGCUCCUAGGGGGUCCCUGUGCCGCACAACGGACAAAGCUCUCUGAAGUCGGCAUCCUCUACACUGCCAGAUGGGAUUUUGAAAAUACAGAUGAAUCAGCUGUCACAGACUUUGCUGGGAGUUAAUGCUUGGUCCCUCUUCUGCAGAAAUAGCCUUGCUUGCCAUUUUUACACUGAAAUAUAAUUGUGGAACAGCAGCAGCUACAUGUGACAUGACAGCUGGAGUUAAAUAUGUGGAGGCCCUCUGGACCUGCUUCAAAUGCAUACAAUGGCCCUGGAGAAAGACUAGUCUCAAGUCAGAUACAAAUGAUGCUCUGAGUGAGCGUCUGGACGUUGGUGUCGUUCUACCCACUGAAGAGAGAAAUCCCUCGGGUGUCUAGCACAAGUAACCUUGCCAGGUGUCUGACCAUCUUCUACCCAUGGAGGUCCUCAACCUCAGACUGGGGGGGAGUGGGAAACUUCAGAGGUCCUGGAUUGUGCCACAUGACUAACACGAAGGACCCUAAGAGAGCCAUGGACUCUUCGCCAGUGACCUCCAACUCUGCAGCAGGCCCUGUUACCUUCUCGCAGGUUUUUGGGCAGCAAUGUCAACUUAUGGAAGCAGCUGUGCAGUCAUUGCAUACCUUAAACGACCAGAUCUCUCACUUUAUCGUGAACAAGUCAAAAACGCUGGAUGAGGAUGAAGAUGCUUUUCUGCCCAGCGAAAAAGAGUCUCUGAAAAAUUCCAUGUCGCUGAUGAGACACCUCUUAAUGGAUGCGCAGGUAAUUCAAAGAGAGAGCAUCGGGACUGAAUCUUUGGAGAAGUGCCUCAAAUUGUGAUCAGCCCUCC